GUGAACCAUUCGUGAGUGAAGAAGCGCUCGUGAUCAGCGGAUCUUUCCCAGUGCGAUAAUUCCAUAAGGACGAAAAAAUGCAGCUUCAACGCAAAUGUAACUACACGUGGCUUUUGCUGUGCGUCGUGCUUCCGGCCCUCUCGCAGGCGACCAUCGCCUACGAGUGCACGAUGCAAAAGCUACACGAAGAAACUUACUGCGUGUUUCGGAACGUGGUCUACGAUGGGAGCGCCGCGGCCGAGUUCAAGUCGGGGGCUGCCAAAAAAGUACAGCAGGUCGCCUUCGAGGACAGCAGCUUGGUGCACGUGCCGAAAGAGCUGCUGAGUGCGUUCCCGGACCUGCGGGCCCUGUACGUGGCCGGCACCAACCUCACCUCCGUGGUCAUCCCGAGCAAACUGGAGCGACUGUACGCGUCCAAUAACUACAUCACCAAAGUGAUUGUCCACCAGACGGCCACCAAUACGCCGAUGACCGAGCUGAUGCUCGAUUCGAACCGGCUGCGGGACAUUUCGAACCUGACGCGACUCACGAACCUGGAAAUACUGAACCUCAGCGGCAACGAGGAGCUUGCCAAAGAUUCCACCAUCGAUCUGGGCGAUUUCGGGCCCCUAACCAACCUGCGCCAUCUGUUGCUGUCCGAUGUCGGGGCGUUUUACGUGGAAAACGAACGCGACGUCAGCCUGCCGGAACUAGAGUUGCUGGACCUGUCCAACAACAAUCUGGUGACGACCAACCUGGUGGUGAAAGUGUUCGCCCCACUGCGAAAGCUGAAGAUCCUGCGCCUGGCCCACGACAAGCUGACGGAUCUGGAUGCGAUGGGUUUGACGAAAAACAACGACCUGGCGGAAAUCUACCUCGAGGGUAACGAUUUCCCGUGCGACUUCCAGGCUCGGUUGCUGGAGCACUUUCAGAAGGCCCAAGUCGAGACACCCGUCGUCCACAAGCAGAGUCGCUGCAUGCUGGAGUACGAGAAGCAGAACGACAUGUGUUGCCGAUCCGACGCACUGACGAAAGCGGACAAGUCCAAGUUCACGACAAGGCCAAACGCGACAUCGGGUUCCGGGGCUGUACCGACGAACACCAGAGGCAGUUUCGGAGGCAGCACCGGGACGGUGGACCAGGACCUGCCAACAACAACAACCACGCGCGUCCCGAUGACGCCAAAAGUGGGCAGUGGCGCCGUCGCGACCAUCACGUUGGGCAACAGUUUGUUGAGCCUGUUGGGCUUAGUGGUGGCCGCGAAAUUAAUCCGUUUCUAAGCACCGCUCGCCGGUCAGCUGAGCUUUGUGUCGAGGAACGUCGAAGAACCGUUCGGGCGGGUACGUUUUGUAGCAUCCAGCGGCCAGCGAAGCAAAGUUCGAACUUCGAAUACUUGGAGGUGUUUGUCAUUAUGGUGCUUAAGCUCGUGCGGCGGGGACGGUUCUGCGUUCGGAGUAAUCCAAUUAAGCAGGACCACCUGCCCACGGCAUAUUUGGGCUCCUUCGGAGCUCACACGUGAUCCGCGAAUUGGCGCCGAUCUCACCGCAAUCUUUGUUCCGUUUUCGCAUUUGCCACAACGAACUGUAGGAGUUACUGUAGGGGAAGGAUGAGGCAGGGAAUGAGCAAUAGGCAAUAGCAACCGCCGAAUCGAUUAGAUACUUCGCGCGGUGGUGUACGACAACUUGCAGCGAGCUUGGCUUUUUCUAAUUCAUAAUAACGCUAAACUAUCGAGGCCAUAUGUGCUAAUUUUGUAGCUGCAGGUGAUGUGUACGGUGGGCGCCUCUGAGCCAGCAGAAGGCUAACAAGAAAAAGGUACGCCAUGCGGUAUUACAUUUGUCGCCUCAUUCAUUUUUCGCAUUCAAUGUGCAUGUCGGAUCAAAUUUACUAUACAAUCAUUUAUUUAAAAAAAAUACUAUGAUAACAUCAAAACCUGUGCUUUGCCAUUUCGUUACGAACGCGUUUUUUUUGAUAAACGUUGCGCAUUCAGACUGAAAUCUUUGAAGAUUCUUCCCGUUCUAUUUUUAAUGGCAUACAUAAGAUAACCCAAGAUUUUAAUAGAAUAAUUCCAUUCUGCCGAUAGACUACGAUAAAUAACCGGAUUUAAACAGAAAUAUCACUGCCCCGCAGUGUCUACCAAUUGAUAGAGCAAUGUUUUGCAUUAAGCCGAAAAAGAGAGAGAGAACUUGAAAGUGAAAGGCGCAAAAAGUCUUAUCAAUUACCAACCAACCAGCCAUGAUAACACGCCGUAGAACGCAACCGAACCGUUUGUCCAGUUUGAUUGAAUGGAAUCGCCCCACCCAAAGCAUGGGCACUAACUGAGAAUAAUCACAACGAUUUUUACAAUAAAAUGUUUUUUGUAGCCGUAUUUUGUAAGACUGGAAGCAGGGGGGCGAGCAAGCCUGGAAGCGAUAUUUGCAUGCAUGCGAAGUGAUAGGAAGGCAAGUGCUCUUAGUGGAGGGAUAAACUCUAUGCGGAUCACGAAGGGACAGAAGAAUCCCUCCCUAUCAACAAAGUGGAACACUCAGAACUGACAUGAACUGCUGAUCGCAGAAGAACUCCAUCGCACGAAUUACGAUAUCUUGUAGCUUGAAGCACUCUGCCUAUUAGGAUGCCCUCGUCCGUGAUUGCCAACAUACCUACAUAGCCCCCCGGGUGGAAGCGAGCACACGCCCAGUUAAUACACGUACCCCGUAGUCAGCAUGGUCAAAUCAAAACAUAUUCGAUACUAACGAUUUAGCGUCCAAUCUUCGAACUUACUCAUGAGCAGCUCAGAACAGAACAGUAUGUCUAGAUCUCUCUGUGGCUUUGUAGUGUUACACGCUUACGAUUCCUACAUGUUGCGCGCGACCCAUCGUUUGCUGGAACUGGAGACUGGAGCCGAAUUUCCGUGGCGGGAGCACGGCGGAAGUGGCAGC